UUAAUAUUUUCCUCUAGUUAGAGCUUUUGACUGAUACAUGCAUUUGAGUUCUUUCACUUUUAUUGUGUGGAAUAGAAAGCCACAGCCAUCUGUCUCUGUGUAGACGGCCGCAUCUUAAUCCAGAUUAUGGCUGCAGCAUAAACGUGUUUUUUUUUUUUUUUUCAACAGUGUGUCCUUGAUAACAGACAGGCAGGUCAGUUAGCCUAGCUCCAAUUAGACCACCAACAAUCCAUCUGAGGGACCUCUCUGCUGGAAACUAAGGAAUUUCACCAAAAGAUUUUAGUAAAAUCGUAACUUGACAUCAAUCUAAAGACUCCGACAUAGUAAAAAAAUGGCUUUUUUAAUUAAAAGCAUGGUGGGGAACCCACUGAAGGGAAUGGGAUUUGGAGGAGGAGAGGAGAAGGCUGAGGAGGAGACCCCCAAAGACCCCGCAGCGGCCGCUGGUAUGACUAGAGAAGAAUAUGAGGAGUACCAGAAACAGGUAGUGGAGGAAAAAAUGGAAAGAGAUGCAGACUUCUUGCACAAGAAAGCAGAGAGGGCGACUCUGAGGGUUUGUCUACGAGAAAAAUACAGACUUCCUAAAAGUGAGCAGGACGAUAACAUGAUCCAGAUUGCAGGAGAUGACGUGGAUGUCCCCGAAGAGCUGCUGAAGAUGGUGGAUGAGGAUGCCACGGAGGAGGAGGAGAAGGACUCCAUCCUGGGACAGAUGCAGAACUUACAGAACAUGGACAUGGAUCAGAUAAAAGAGAAAGCCAGUGCUACACUGACAGAGAUCAAGUCCAAGGCUGAGGAGAAGUGCUCCGUCAUGUAGUGGUUUAACACAUUCACACAUCUCUACAAACCACGUCAGGUUUUUGAAAUACAGUUUUGAG